AUGCAACAGCCCGAGGAGGGCGUGUCGGCCGUUGAGAAGGUCGCAGAGGAUCCUCAACUGAAUGAAAAGCCCACCGAGAAACCUGUCGACAAGCGCGAUUCCGACUCCGCGUCCACAUCGACAGCAAAAGAGCAUGAGAGCACUACAGUUUCAACCGAGGAAGAUGCGCUCUAUGCCCAUCUGCCAGCGCAUGAGAGGGAGAUUCUCAAGCGCCAGCUAGACGCGCCUACUGUCAGUAUCUCCUUCUUCGGUCUCUACCGGUAUGCCUCGUCCCUGGAUAUCCUCAUCAUUGUGGUCAGCGCACUGUGCGCCAUCGCCGCCGGUGCUGCAUUGCCACUCUUCACCAUUCUCUUCGGUUCACUGGCGACAGCUUUCCAACAAAUCAUGCUUCGAACUAUCUCUUACAACGACUUUUACCACCAAUUGACCAAGAACGUCUUGUACUUCAUCUAUCUCGGCAUCGGAGAGUUCCUCACAGUCUACAUCAGCACCGUCGGUUUCAUCUACACCGGAGAACAUGUCACCCAGAAAAUCCGAGAGCACUAUCUGGAAGCUAUCUUGCGCCAGAACAUCGCCUAUUUCGACAAACUCGGUGCUGGUGAAGUCACCACCCGUAUCACCGCCGACACCAACCUCAUCCAGGACGGUGUCUCCGAAAAGGUUGGUUUGACCUUAACUGCCCUUGCCACAUUUGUGACUGCCUUUGUGGUUGCCUACAUCAAGUAUGCCCCUCUGGCUGGUAUCUGUACCUCGACUAUUGUCGCCUUGGUCUUGAUCAUGGGUGGUGGCUCUCGAGUCAUCAUCAAGUACAGCAAGCUUUCUCUGGAAAGUGUUGGUGCUGGUGGCACAGUGGCCGAGGAAGUCAUCAGCUCCGUCCGCAAUGCAACCGCUUUCGGCACUCAGGACAAGCUCGCCAAGCAGUACGAGGCGCAUUUGCGUCGCGCAGAGCGCUGGGGCAUGCGCCUGCAAAUGUCCCUUGCCGUGAUGGUCGGUUGCAUGUUUGGCCUCAUGUUCAUGAACUACGGACUCGGAUUUUGGAUGGGUUCCCGAUUCUUGGUUCAAGGAAAGGUUGAUGUUGGACACGUUCUGACAAUUCUGAUGGCCAUCCUCAUUGGAUCUUUCAGUCUGGGUAACGUCAGUCCGAACGCCCAGGCUUUCACCAGCGCUGUGGCCGCUGCUACCAAGAUCUUUGCAACGAUCGACCGUCAAUCUCCAUUAGACCCCACUUCAGAUGAAGGCAUCAUUCUUGACCACGUCGAAGGUCACAUCGAGUUCCGCAACGUUAGACACAUCUACCCCUCACGUCCUGAAGUUACUGUCAUGCAGGACGUGUCUCUCACAUUGCCUGCUGGUAAGACCACCGCGUUGGUCGGUCCUUCUGGUUCCGGCAAGAGUACCGUGGUCGGUCUGGUCGAACGGUUCUAUCUCCCCGUUGGCGGCCAGGUCUUUUUGGACGGACAUGACAUCCAGACUCUCAACCUGCGAUGGCUGCGCCAGCAGAUCUCUCUGGUUAGCCAGGAGCCUGUCCUUUUCGGCACAACCAUCUAUCACAACAUUCGCCACGGUCUAAUCGGAACACGCUUUGAACACCAAUCCGAGGACAAGAUCAAGGAGCUCAUCGAGAACGCUGCCAAGAUGGCUAAUGCUCACGAGUUCGUCAGUGCUCUCCCCGAAGGAUAUGAAACCAAUGUUGGCCAACGUGGUUUCUUGCUGUCUGGAGGCCAGAAGCAGCGUAUCGCCAUCGCCCGUGCUAUCGUCAGCGACCCCAAGAUUCUGCUUCUGGAUGAAGCCACUUCUGCCCUGGAUACCAAGUCUGAAGGUGUUGUCCAAGCAGCGCUGGACCGUGCUGCCGAGGGCCGCACUACCAUUGUCAUUGCCCACCGCCUGUCGACCAUCAAGACUGCACACAACAUUGUUGUCUUUGUCAACGGAGCUAUUGUCGAGCAAGGUAGUCAUGACGAUUUGACUGAACAUGACGGUCCUUACUUCAAGCUUGUGGAGGCUCAGCGCAUCAACGAAGAGAAGGACGCCGAUGCCUUGGACGAGGACGAGACCGAAGGUGGCAUCGACAAUGUGGCUAAAUCCCACAUCGCACGCGUCAAGUCUCUCGCUAGUGGUUCGACCCUUGAGAAAGAUGCCGAAGCGUUCGCAGACGACAUCCGGCGCCAGGAAUCUCGCAAGUCUGUGUCCAGUCUGGUCCUCGCGAAGAGGAUCAGUGAAGGCGGCAACAAGUACUCGCUUUGGACUCUCAUCAAGUUCAUCGCCUCUUUCAACCGGGAAGAACGUUUGUACAUGAUCAUCGGUCUUUGCUUCUCAGUUCUCGCCGGUGGCGGUCAGCCUACUCAAGCCUUCCUGUACGCCAAAGCCAUCAGCGCACUAUCUUUGCCCAAAUCACAGUUCGAUAAGCUGAGAUCGGAUGCCAACUUCUGGUCCUUGAUGUUCUUCAUCGUUGGAAUCGUUCAGAUUAUCACUUUCUCGGUCCACGGUAUCGCCUUCGCAUUCAGUUCCGAGCGCUUGAUCCGCAAGGCUCGCAGCAAGGCUUUCCGGGUCAUGCUCCGCCAGGAUAUCAACUUUUUCGACCGUGAGGAAAACAGCACCGGCGCUUUGACUUCUUUCCUCUCGACUGAGACCAAACACUUGUCCGGCAUCAGUGGUCAGAUUCUUGGAACAAUCCUCAUGACUUCGACUACUCUCAUUGCUGCGAUUGUCAUCUCUCUUUCUUUCGGCUGGAAGCUUGCUCUUGUCUGUAUCUCCGUCGUUCCGGUUCUUCUCGGCUGCGGCUUCUACCGCUUCUACAUGCUUGCCGCAUUCCAGGCACGCUCCAAGGUCGCCUACGAGGGAUCUGCCAGCUACGCCUGCGAGGCUACAUCAGCUAUCCGCACUGUCGCUUCGCUUACUCGUGAGACCGACGUUUGGUCAAUUUACCACGGCCAGCUCGAGACACAGGGUCGCGCAAGCUUGAUCUCAGUCAUCAAGUCCUCGUCCUUGUACGCUGCUUCCCAGGCAUUGGUCUUUUUCUGCGUUGCUCUCGGCUUCUGGUACGGUGGAACCCUGCUUGGACAUCACGAAUACGACACGUUCCGCUUCUUCGUGUGCUUCAGUGAAAUCUUGUUCGGUGCUCAGUCUGCUGGCACUGUGUUCUCCUUCUCGCCGGACAUGGGCAAAGCCAAGAACGCCGCUGCCGAGUUCCUCAAACUCUUCGAACGCCGUCCCACUAUUGACACAUGGUCCGAAGAGGGUGAGAAUAUGGACGACUGCACCGGAACCAUUGAGUUCAAGGAUGUGCACUUCCGCUACCCUACCCGUCCCGAGCAGCCUGUGCUCCGCGGUCUGAAUCUCACCGUUAAGCCCGGUCAGUACGUUGCCUUGGUCGGACCUAGUGGAUGUGGCAAGAGUACCACCAUCGCCCUUCUCGAGCGGUUCUAUGAUGCCCUCUCUGGUGGCGUCUACGUGGAUGACAAGAACAUCGCCGACCUCAAUGUCAAUUCCUACCGCAACCACCUGGCGCUGGUCAGUCAGGAGCCCACUCUCUACCAGGGCACCAUCAAGGAGAACAUCCUUCUCGGCAGUGCGAACGAGGACCCCACCGAAGAACAGCUCAUCAAGGCCUGCCAUGACGCCAACAUCUACGACUUCAUCAUGUCUCUCCCCGAUGGCUUCAACACCGUCGUCGGUAACAAGGGAGGCAUGUUGUCCGGUGGCCAAAAGCAGCGUGUCGCUAUUGCCCGCGCCCUCCUCCGUAACCCCAAGAUUUUGCUCCUGGACGAAGCUACCUCGGCCCUUGACUCAGAGUCAGAGAAGGUCGUCCAGGCUGCCCUGGAUGCUGCCGCUCGCGGUCGUACCACCAUCGCCGUGGCUCACCGUCUCAGUACCAUUCAGAAGGCCGACAUCAUCUAUGUCUUCGAUCAAGGCAAGAUCGUCGAGAGCGGUACCCACACCGAGCUGUUGCGCAACAAGGGCCGCUACUUUGAGCUCGUCAACCUUCAGUCUCUUGGCAAGACCCAUUAA